UGCAGCACCGUAUUGACUAAAAUUGCGCCGAGGCCAACCUCAGUACUUGUCUCCAUCCAUCGGUGACCGUCCCGAUCCCCCUACUUAUUCACCAAAUUACCCUAUAUCUCACCCUAGCAUCCAAUCCAGCUACAACAACAAAAUGCACUUGAGCGAAAAUGAAGGCAUCGAAGGCAACACCUUCGUGGUCACCGGUGGUCUGGGCUUCGUCGGCUCUGCCCUUUGCUUGGAGCUCAUCCGCAGAGGUGCUCGCCAAGUUCGCUCCUUUGACCUCCGCCAUCAUUCCCCUUGGUCCCUCCAACUGACCAACCACGGCGUCCGCUGCCUCCAAGGCGAUCUUACCUCGAAGAAAGAUGUUGAAAAUGCUCUUCGUGGUGCCAAUUGCGUUUUUCACCUGGCUUCCUACGGCAUGUCAGGGAAAGAAAUGCUUCAGUUCUCUCGUGUUGACCAGGUGAAUAUCAAUGGAACCUGCCAUGUCUUGGAGGCUUGCCUUGAAUUUGGGAUCACUAGGCUUGUUUAUGUCAGCACAUAUAAUGUUGUGUUUGGUGGAAAGGAGAUUGUCAAUGGCAAUGAGGCCUUGCCCUAUUUCCCUAUUGAUGAUCACGUUGAUCCCUAUGGUCGAAGUAAAUCAAUUGCCGAGCAGUUGGUUCUUAAGUACAACGGCCGCCCUUUAAAGAAUAAUAUUGGAAAAUGUCUUUAUACCUGUGCUGUUCGUCCAGCUGCUAUAUAUGGGCCCGGUGAAGAGCGACACCUCCCUAGGAUAGUAUCUAUGGCAAAAUUAGGCUUGGUGCCAUUCAAAAUAGGUAAUGCUAAUGUGAAAACAGACUGGGUUUAUGUGGAUAACCUGCUACUCGCUCUACUAUUGGCAAGCAUGAGACUUUUAGAUGACAUUCCUGGAAAAGAAGGGCGUCCAGUUGCAGCUGGCCAGCCAUACUUCAUAUCUGAUGGGUCUCCAAUCAACACUUUUGAAUUCAUCCAACCACUUCUAAAAAGUUUAGAUUAUGACUUGCCACAGUCCUGGCUCGCUGUUUCGCAUGCUCUUUAUCUAGCUAAGAUUUUCUGGGCUGUAUACUCAAUGUUAUAUCCUUUAUUGAAUCGGUGGUGGCUUCCUCAGCCCUUCAUUCUUCCUGCUGAAGUAUAUAAGGUUGGUCUUACCCAUUACUUCUCAUACCUUAAAGCACAGCAAGAGCUUGGAUAUGUUCCAAUGGUGAGUCCUCGGGAAGGCAUGGCAGCAACUAUAUCAUAUUGGCAGGAUAGGAAAAACAAAAGUUUGGACGGACCUACAAUAUAUGUAUGGGGAAUUAUUUUUAUUGGAAUGAUUUCACUUUUUGCUAGUGGUUGGUUCCCACCCAUAGGACCAGUGCCACUCCUUAGAUCAAUUGGACUUAUGUUAUUUCGGUCAAUGUUUGGAAUACGGCUAGCAUUUUACUUAGCUACUGCAGCACAUAUCGGAGAAGGCAUGUACGCGUGGCGGUUGGCAAAAAGAGUGGAUCCUGAUAAUGCAACAGGAUGGUUCUGGCAGACUUUUGCACUUGGGUUUCCCUCUUUGAGGCUAUUGUUGAAGAGAGCCAAAAAAGUUGCGUGAGCAUUGCAUUCGUGUUGGUGUACUUUAAUUCACUUCACUGUAGAAUGGUUUGUUAAUGGCCACAAACGGGAAAAAAUAAACAUUCAACUUUGUGAAA